AUGAAGACCGACUACUAUGAGCUGUUGGGGGUGAGCGUGGAGGCGUCUGAUCUGGAGAUCAAGAAGGCUUACCGGAAAAAGGCGCUCCAGCUUCAUCCGGACAAGAACCCAGACGAUGUCGAGGGCGCAAGUCGCAAGUUCAAUGAGGUCAAGGUAGCAUACGAUACCCUCAGCGAUCCCCAGGAACGGGCGUGGUACGAUUCCCACAAGUUCCAGAUUUUGAUGGAAGACGGCGAUCGGGAACUUGGUGACGACAAUUCCGCCGAGGUGUACUACGCCGGCCUGUCUGUGGACGACAUUACGCAAUAUCUGAAUCCAGAUCUGUACAUUAGGAUGGACGACUCGAUCAGCGGGUUCUAUGCUGUUGCUGGGGUUGUUCUCGACCGCAUUGCGAGCGAGGAGGUUUCUGCGGGCAAGAAACAGAAACUGCCUGGUUUUGAGAGCUACAAAGACGACACGCCGAUUGCCAAUGCGUGCGACCCUAAAGAGCUGCUCUACCCGAGGUUCGGCAAGUCGCGGUCUGACUACGGCGAAGUCGUGCGGAUUUUCUACAAGGUGUGGGGCAAUUUCGCUUCUGUGAAGAGUUUCAGCUGGCUAGAUGAGUACCGGUACUCGAGCGCGCCGGACAGACGCACCCGACGGCUGAUGGAGAAGGAAAAUAAAAAAAUCAGAGACUCUGCGCGCAAAGAGUACAACGAGGCCGUGCGCCGGCUAAUUUCGUUUUUGAAGAAGCGCGACCCGCGCGUGAACGCGACUGCGCAGCGCGAGUACGAGCAGGAGCGGAUCAGAAGGCAGCAGGACGAGGUGAAGCAGCAGGCGCAGCGAGAAAAAGAGCAGCGGCAGCGGGACAAGGCAGAGUUCACCGAGCAGAGCUGGCAAAUGCUGGACCCAGACGACCUGGCGGAGAUCGAAGAGCAGCUGGACAAGCUGUAUACGGAAGAGCAGGACGAAAGCGAGGACGAGGAGCUGUACGAGUGUAUUAUUUGCGACAAGCAUUUCAGGCAUGAGAAACAGUUUUUAGAGCACGAGAAGAGCAAGAAGCAUCUCAAGCUGUUGAAGCGGCUGAAAUGGCAGAUGCGCAAGGAGGGGAUAGAACUGGGGAUUGAUGAGGGGGGUUAUGUGCGCAGCGAGGACGAGUAUGAGAGCGCGGUGGAGGACUUCGAGCCUGAGCAGCCUGAACCCCAGCCUACUGAACUUGAGACCGAAGAAAUCCAGCCCCAACCUGAGCGUGCAGAACCUCAGCCUGUUCCGUCUCCGGAUUCGCAGACGGCUUCCAUACAUUCGGCCCAGCGGGGCUCUGCUUCUCCCGAAGUGGAUGACGUGCUGGACGAGGACGAGCGACUGGCCGAGCUGGGACGGGUUCUGAACGGCGAGGACAGCGACGACGACUGGUCGACGCGCAAAAAGGGCAAGAAGAAGAAGACGCGCUCCAAGUCUUCAAAGCCUGCCUCGCAGCCAGCAACCCCGACUGGCGAGAAAUGCACCGUGUGCAAAGAAACCUUCCUAAGCCGCAACAAACUGUUCCAGCACAUCAACGCUACGGGACACGCGUCUGCACCUAAGAAGAAGAGACGCUGA